CAGACUCGCGUAUAUAGCGCCCAAGGAAUGAAGGCGACCGAUCAGUCAUCGGUGGAUAGAUUAUAGCGUUCAGUUUACCAUAUCUCACAGUUUAAAAACGUUUUCACUUGACUAUAAUAAUAGUGCAAUUUAUUCUCCUCAUCUGUGCUAUAUCGACAUCCGCCGGAAAUCAAAAUGGAGUACGAGUACAAUUGCAGUUAUUUCCAAUACAAUAACAUCACUCCGCCAAACAUUGGGCAGCAGCUGCAAGCGUUGGGAAAGUUCGCCUUGGGCGUGGGAAUCGCCGGUACAAUCAGUACGAUACUUUUGAUCACUUUAUUUAUCGUCAACGUUUUCACAAAUAUCAAAAAGAGUCCGGCGAGAAGAAGGAGGCUCCUCUGCUGGAUCACUUCCAUGCCCAUGGUGGUCUCCAUAUUGUCGCUCAUCAUCUUUCUCGUGCCCAGGGCUGGCGAUGUCUGCGACAUCGUCAAACAAAUAUAUUUGCCGUUUGUGCUGAUGCACUUUGUCGAUCUGGUCUUGUUGAUUCAAGGAGGUGAAGAAGGCGUUCUGAACGACGUCGUCGAGGUACACGCCCCACUUUCUUUGUGCCACCCGCCUUGUUGUUUCUUCGGCAUCUGCUUACGUCAUCUCACCUUCACCAAGAUUAGGCUUCGUAUCGUUAAGGGAUUGGUUUAUCAAGCGCCCGUGUUCCAGUUUGUUUUAAUUGUCAUCAUGAACGUACUCGAUCACGCCGAAUUCCUGGAAAAAAACAAAUCGGACAGAUUGUACCAAUUUUUCGCCGCUUUGAACAUUUUGGCAUUCAUGUUCGGCAUUUGGGGCUUCAACAUUUUGAACGGGGCCUUGAGUCAGCUGUUGAGAACAAAGUGGAAGAGAUACAUCUUGCGGACCAAAGUCUUGAGUGCAUUUGUAGUCAUUCUCAAGAUACAAAAUUUUAUUCUUGGAAUCCUCAUUUUCUAUAAUGUCAUUCCGUGCAUCGUGCCUUACGUUUCGCCAGCAAUCAUGAGGAAAACUAUUGACGCAGCAUUGUCCCUGUUGGAAGCGCUCAUUUUUGGCGUUUUAUUCUACCUGGUUUACCAAGUGAGUGACAUCACCGAGAUGAAACGCCCUUCAAAAGCCGGCAUGCUCGACACACCGUCCACUCAGCGUCGCUUGCUGGCCUCUGAUGCCCAUCCUACUGCCACUGUCCUUGUCAAGGAGCCAACGAGUCAAAUGAAUCCAACUACAAACACAUAUAACGGCAUGACGUAUACUGAAUGUUAAUAUGUUUCUGCAAAACAACAAAAAAAUUCCACCUAGCUUUCUUUUGUGAUUAACGUGGUAAUGGGACUAAUGGCGAUGAUUAUUUUUCCAAUUGUUUUAUUUUUAUUUUGCUGAUUGACGUUGUAAUUUAUACUUAAAAACUGAACCAUUCUUUUAAAAUAGUUUAUUGAAACGCUUUUUUUUUACUUUUUAAUAUUAAAAAAAAAAUGCUAAUCUUGUUAGGUUGCUAGCUAGAUUUUUACAACGGAAUCGGAAAUUUAAAUGUACGCACAAUUAGAAUUAAAACUCACAAUAGCUGUUAAAAUGUCAGGACUAAGGCAAUAAAUAAUAUUUUGCAUUAAA